UUUGAAUGCCCCGUUUCAUGAACUUUGCUUGUCUUUCGAUGAUAAAUGUGUUUUCUUUGUUUGCUUAAGAUAAUGUUAACACUUAAUGCAAGAAGGCUUAAAGAUCUGACACAUUUAUCUUAAAGUGUUCAUUAGCUAACUCUAAUUGUUUACAGAGGCAACUGAGGAAACCAAAGGAUAAAAGAAAGAUGCAUGCUUUAUGGAUUAUGGAGUGUUUUUGCUUUUAAAAAUUGAGACUUACUGUUCUCUACUAUGGUAUACAAAAUGGGGUUCUUGAAAAAUGGAAAAUUUUGAAUUUAUAUUCUUUGUUUUUUUGCAUUUUUUGAGUGGCCAAAGAGGGAAACAGAGUUUGAGUUGGGUUGAGUUGAGUUGGUUGGCCAUACAAGUUAACAGAGUUGGGUUGAGUUGGUUGGCCAAACAAGUUUCCAGUCCUAGUAAAUUUUUGUUUUGUAGUGUGUUGUUUUGCUCCUUUUUUUUUUUUUUUGGUUCUCUCGCUUUGUUAAUGAUAAUUAUGUAAUAGUUGAUAUCUUUGUUAUAUUCUCUUUUUAAGGCCAUCUUUUGAUUCUGUUUUGACAAAAUCAUACCUUUGUUUCGUCCUUUUUUACUUUUCUGUUUCUGCUUUAUCUCGUCUUGGUUUUCUCUCUAGUGGGAAUUCAAAGUUCUACGUUUCCUCUCUCUCUCUCUCUCCCCCCCUCCCCCCUCCCCCCCUCCCUCCCUCCCUCUUUACUUUGAAAUAAUGGUCCAGUCUUAAUUUUGAAUUUGCUUUGAUGGGUUUCUUUUUUUUAGUGGAAACUAAUUGCAAAAUGCAUACUUUGUUCUAUCUUUAAGUCUUUUAUGGACAACCCACCAGAAAUCUGAGGGUUUUAAUUGAGAUUGUGCCAAAUAGUAUACUACUUGUCAACUCUUUGUUUUGAUCUCUUCUUUGGUUCUCUACUCAAGAAUAAAAGCCAGUUUAAUCGUUGAUUUUCGCAAUCACUUAUGGAUUUUAUUUGACCAAGAUUAAAAAGGUCAUGGUUUUCUACAUUGGGGUGUACAGUGACUAGUGUGGGAAUCUUUGAUGUUUCGGAUAGUCUUUUUCUUGGUUGACUAGCUAGCAAAAUUCGGAAUUUUAUGCGAGAUCUGUUCUGGAAAUAAGGGGAAACUUGUCUAUUAAUUAAACCAUAGAUGUCUUUGUUCUGGGAUUGAGCAAAUGGGAGCUUGUGUUUCAACUAGUCGGAGUACUUGCAGCAGUAAGAGCAAUGGAGAGCCAGUUCCUCUGCCUUGCUUGGGGAUUGGUUUUUGCCGGCAAAAGAGAACUAAAAGAACAUUCUCUGAUCAUGUGGUCACACUACAACAUUUACCAUCCAUACCUAACAGGGUUUUCACCAAUGGAAAGAGCCGAACUUCUUGUAUAUUCACACAGCAGGGUCGCAAGGGCAUAAACCAGGAUGCAAUGAUUGUGUGGGAAGAUUUCAUGUCAGAGGAUGUGACCUUCUGUGGUGUUUUUGAUGGUCAUGGUCCUCAUGGCCAUCUAGUUGCCCGCAAGGUCAGGGAUGCCCUGCCUGUAAAAUUACAAUCAUUCUUGAACUCUUGUCAGUCAAGGCAAAAUGGGUCAGAUCAAACUUGUUUCAAGGGGAAUUCGAUGAAAUCUGAUGUUGGGGAUUUGGACAAGGAUGGCUCUAUCGAGGAUAAAUUGAAUUCUUUAUGGAGAGAAGCGUUCCUGAAGUCAUAUAAGGCCAUGGAUAAAGAGCUGAAAUCCCAUCCGAAUUUGGACUGCUUCUGCAGUGGGAGCACAGCUAUCACUAUUGUGAAACAGGGCUCCAAUCUAUUCAUGGGAUAUAUUGGGGAUUCCCGUGCAAUCAUGGGAUCUAAGGACAGCAAUGAUUCCAUGGUGGCAGUCCAGUUGACCGUUGAUCUGAAGCCUGAUUUGCCAAGGGAAGCUGAAAGAAUUAAGCGGUGUAAAGGUAGAGUGUUUGCAUUGCAAGACGAGCCUGAAGUGCCAAGAGUUUGGUUACCAUUUGAUGAUGCUCCUGGCUUAGCAAUGGCUCGGGCAUUUGGUGAUUUCUGUUUGAAGGAAUAUGGAGUGAUCUCCAUACCUGAGUUUUCACAUCGGACCCUUACAGAGAGGGAUCAAUUCAUCGUUCUUGCCUCAGAUGGGGUUUGGGAUGUCUUGAGCAACGAAGAGGUGGUUGAGAUUGUAUCCUCAGCUCCAACACGGGCAUCAGCAGCAAGAAUUCUGGUGGACUCGGCUGCUCGGGAAUGGAAGCUUAAAUACCCAACUUCAAAGAUGGAUGACUGUGCUGUUGUUUGCUUAUUUCUGGACGGGAAAAUGGACUCAGAAUCGGAUUAUGAUGAACAAGGCUUUUCCUCAGCAACUCUUGAUCAGAGCAAUCAUUCUGGCAAUGUUGCUGAAUCAGACGAUGGGCAGAAAUCUGAGCCAUGUUUGCAAAGAAAUUUUACAGUUAGAUCAGCAGAAGAAACUGAUACUUAUGGAAGGCAAGCUGUUGAAGUUGAUGGAGAUGGCGAAGCAGUGAAUAAUGCUGAGGAUCAGAGUUGGCUAGGUUUGGAAGGAGUCACUCGAGUGAAUUCACUUGUUCAACUUCCAAGAUUUUCUGAGGAAAGACCAGGCCCAUAAUUUUUGUGGUAUCUACAUAGAUGAAAUGGGGCUGCCAUCAUUGUAAUAUUUUGGCUCUUGAGCCACAUUAUACUCAGAAAGUUCUCUUGUUCUGGUGGCACAUUGUUUUGAAACUUUGUCCAGGUAAAUUAUUGCUCCGGUCCCUUUUGUUGUAUGUUCACAGAAAUGUAGAAAGACAGCUUUGUUCAGAGAAUUGAACUAAACAUAGCUCAGUCAAUACCACUUUAUCUUCUGUCAA